AAAAAAAAAAAAAAGAGAGAGAGAAGAAAAUCAAAUCGGAAAACAGCAUGAAUCGAUCUCUGUGUCUGUGCUUCGUCGUCUUCUUCUUCCCAGAAUGAGAUUGGGGUUAGGGUUUUGUUCCACUGCAACCAUGCUCAUUUCACCAAAUCCAUAGCCUUCGUCUGGUCAAGAAGGAAAGCCCUAAAAUGUCGUCCUCCUCCUCCUCUGCAUCGCCGUCAUCUUCGUCAUCGGCCUUCGUCGUGAUCUGCCUCCUCCACUCCGUGAUCGCCAUAGGAAGUGGCGCGCUAAUGAUGUUCCACAUGAAGGAAAUCUACACCUUCACGCACGGUGUCGAGACUGCCACAAAGCUUCUCGGUUCGACUCCACACGACCAGCUCCUGAUCCGGACCUCCGAUUCCUUCUCCGGGUUACUGCUGUUCGCCAUCGGAUUCUUGGUAUUUAUGGUUUCUUUCGUUAGGGAUAAAGAUUUCCAGUUCUUCUUUGCGAAGGGAUGUACCAUUUUACAUGUUUUCACGGCGAUAUGGCGGGUCUGGUUCGAGAGGAGGGUAGAGGACUUGGCAUGGGAUUGGCUAAGGCAGACGGUUGGUGAUAUUUUAUUGUCUCUCUCUUGGGUAUUCUUUCUGGUAUACUCUUGGAGAGAGAAGUAUGAUUAGGUUGAAUCUGAACUUAGCUCUCUUUUUACUUAAUUUUAGUUGCUGCUUAUAUUUGAUUUCUUCCUUUUUGAGUGUACAUGGGGGAUUUAGUGAUUUGUUUUGAAAUUUGGUGUAAGAUUAAUGAGCACUAAUCAGAAUUUGUGAAAUCAACUACCUUUGCAUUUCAUCUACACUUAGUUGGUAUCAGUUGUCUAUUGUAAUUAUUAUUUGGAUGAGUAAAUGGAACAUAUGACUCUUUCUGGGUAAUUCUUUUUCUGUGAGUAUGGUUUUAUUAUAUGAUUAUUGCCUUUAGGCCUGUCUAUCUAUAUGCACCAAUUCUUUGAGCUUGUUAAUUGUGAUUGGGGUUUUAUUUUAACUGAUAUCCACCCAUGUUCAUUUUAUAUGUUUGCAGUUGCAUUUAGGAAAUCAGCAGCAGAGUGUGUAGAAUACUGUGAAGCGUCCUUGUGUGCUGUUAACUGAACUAGCCUCUUGGGAAUUAAAUGUUUUUUUUUUAAUCGCUCUGGGAACCAGAUAGUCACUACUGAGCUGUUGCGGUCAAGCACAUGUUUUGGAAUUUAAAAUUCAAUGUCAUAUCUUGCUGCAUAGCUUUAAUUUUACAAUUGAGGGUGGACUUGAAAUAUUUAUUCACAGAACAGAAUGGGGUUUAGGGAUUUCUCAACAUAAAAGAGUUUAUAUCUUUGUAGUAGAUAUACACUCACUGUGAUUUGUGAUGAACUGGUUUUGAGCCAUAGGCGUGAUUGAAGCAAGAAUCUUAGAGAUACCAAUAAAAAGAGUUGUGAGGUAACUCCUAACCUUCUAUUUCCAUUUUUUUUCCUGUCAAUCUAUUUCAUGCUUUGAGAGAGAUGGAAUACCUUAGGUGUGUCAUAUUUGCAGAAUGAUAUUUAUAUAGCCUUUCUCAUCACCUAUUAAUUUGACAACAAUAAGGAUGUAAGCUUUCU